AUGGCACAAAUACCAACUGUAGAAUAUGAAACCACUAUUUUUAAUUUAAAAUCGGACAAAAUUGGUCCCAAUAAAGCUACAUUAUUACAUGCUCGAACGACAAAUAAUAAUAAUAGUCAUUUAUAUAAAGCAAUUCUUUAUCUACAUGGAUAUAUUGAUUAUUAUUUUCAUGACCAUGUUUGUAUACGUUUCUUAGAACAAGGUUAUGAUUUUUAUGCUCUUGAUAUGCGUAAAUGUGGUCGAUCGAUAAUUUCACCUGAACAUGAUCAAUAUAAACAUUAUUGUACUGAUCUUCGUGAAUAUGAUGAAGAAAUUACACUUUCAAUUGAACAUAUAAUUAAAGAAUCAAAGACUAAAACUAGAAAAAUAUUGCUUCUUGGACAUUCAACUGGAGGUCUUAUUGCUAUUCAAUAUGCAUGUUCUGGUUUAAGACAUGCUGAUAUUGAUGCUAUUAUUCUCACUAGUCCAUAUUUGGCUACAAUAGAAUCGACUCCAAUUGAAUCAGCACUUAUACGUAUUCUUAUGAACCUACAUAAAUCUCAAGAUGUAGAUGCUGGUUGGUAUGGUCGAUCAAUACAUGUAUCAGAUAAAGGCGAAUGGAAUUUUGAUUUAAAUAAAAAACCAAUAGAUAAACUUCGAUUACAUGGUUCAUUUUUUUCUGCUGUGCAUAGAGUUCAACAAGAUUUAGUGAAAAGACGAAUUACAGUAAAAUGUCCAGUUUUAUUUAUGUGUUCAAAUCGUUCGAUGAGAGCAAACAAAACAUGGCGUGAUGAAUAUGCAGCAGUUGAUCUUAUACUUGAUGUAAAAGCUAUGCGACGUGUUGCUGCUAUGAUUGGCUCGCAUGUAACAGUUUAUGAAAUUGAAAAUGCUAUACAUGAUAUUUUCUUAUCGAAACAAUCUGUUCGAGAAAAAGCAUUUGAUUUAAUGUUUCGAUGGCUUCAACAUCUUGAACAAGAUUGGACAAUGACAACCAAACUGUAA